AAUAAGCCAACACUGGAAACACCUGUGAAGCGUGAACGCGCCGUCAGCACAUGUUCACAUCGGCAGCCACAGUACAUUGAGUCGAGACAGUUUGAUGCUGAAGCUAUGGCCAGCACUGAUGUUCUCUCCUCCAGGUUUUCCUCCUAUGACCAAAUGUACAGUCGUGAAGUGCGCGAGCAAAGCUUUGCGGACUGGCCGUUUAGAGAGGAGUGUAACUGCACACCUGGAAAGAUGGCAAAGGCUGGGUUUGUCCACUGCCCUAGUGAGAAUGAACCUGAUGUCGCUUGCUGUUUCUUCUGUCUGAUUGAGCUUGAAGGCUGGGAGCCAGAUGACAAUCCUUGGGCUGAACACUCAAAACGUUCCCCUAACUGUGGAUUCUUAACUAUGAAGAAAGACUUCACUGAGCUGACUGUGGCUGACUUCAAUCAUAUGGAAAGAGAGAGGCUAAAAGUCUACCUUAAAAAGGUUUGUCAUAAGAAGAUGGCAUAUUUGCGGGAUGGCAUAGACCAUAUGCUCGAGAGCCUGAAAUCUCAGUUGGACUCUAUGUGAUAUGAUUGAAAAUAAACCUCCUGUAUGUAUAUUUUGAUUUUAUGCCACACUCAUCUUUAGGGUGUAGCACCAGCCUUUACUCUUGACUCAAUAGUUCAAUGUAAUGCAGUUUAU